UCCUCCCAGAUUUGAAAGCGGGCAAAGGAAUUCUUUUUGGAGGGCUAGACGGAAAGUGAGGAGCUGAACAUAAAACAUGGCUUCCUUUGUUACGGAGGUGCUCGCUAGCUCAGGAAAGUUGGAAAAAGAUGAUCUCAGCUGUAAAAUUAGCAAGCUUUCACAAAAAGUCGAGGAGACCAAGGAUGAGGUGUGUGAUAUGAUCAACAAGAGGUACAGCGAAUUCCUACCCAGCUUGCAGAGGGCAGAGGAGCUCAUGGCUCAAGUGGCGGAGGUUUCUAAGGACAUUGAGAUGUUAAAGAGCUGCAUAGCAAAUGAGGUGCAGCAGGACCUUCAAGUUGCAGUGACCGAGUACACAGAGCUCAAACAGCAGUUGGAGAAGAACUCUAUUGUGAUCACUGUGCUCAGAUCCCUGCAAGAGUAUGACUUGGCCAUGGAGGAGUAUCAUAGAGCCUUACAAGAAAAGAAGUACACAGUAGCGGCUGAGCAGCUGGAGAAGACCCGUAGCUGUGUGGAUUCCCUGAAGGCCUGGAAGGGUUGUGAGCUCCAGCUGCUCAGGGCGCUGAGCUCCGAGCACACUGUCCAGCGAGAGAACCUGAUUUACCACCUGGGUGAUGAGUGGAAGAAGCUUGUCGUUUGGAAGCUACCGACUUCUAAAGAGCUCAGCGCUGCGGAGUCCUUCCUAAAGACAGAGCUCCGCCUGUGCAGUGGAAUGCAGGCAGGGGAUGGGAGCGACCCUCCCUCCUUGCUUGCCAGUGUCCUGCAAGCCCUUGCCAUCCAGGGACAGCUGAAUCAUAAGAUCAAGCUUUUUGGGCAGGUGCUGCUUAAAUACAUGCUGAAGCCAUUGAUCUCCUACUCCUCUCUGCACGUGGAGGUGGGGGAGCAGCCAGGUCAAGGUGCUGUGUUGACCCUGCAGCUGGAAGAGACGUCAGCAGAGCACACCUCGCCCUCCCAGGUGUACACUAGGCUGUUGGCUGUCCUCAGAGUCCUGCAUGCGCACAUGUUCGAUGUUACUGUGGGCGAGAAGAAAGUGUCCAUCGUACUGGGUGACAUGAUAUGGGAGGAGAUGUCGGACUGCAUAAUUCGCGAGUGUCUCUUAUACUCGAUCCCAUCCAACAGCAGUCAGCUGAGCAAGUACAGCAUGGUUAUCAAGGAGACAGAGGAGUUUGAGAAGACUUUGAAAGAGCUGAAGUAUCUAACCAUGGAUUCCACAGACCUGCUGCAGUAUGCCAGAAAUGUCAAUUCUCAUUUCGCCAGUAAAAAAUGCCAGGACGUGAUAGUGGCAGCACGCAACCUGAUGACUUCAGAGAUACACAACACUGUGAAGAUCUCACCCGAGAGCAAGCUGUCUUUGCCCAGGCUCCCCAGUCUUGAUUCCAAGGACAAUGCGAAGCAGGAGGCUGAUAGGAAGAGACCCCCCAGUGCGGAUACCCCAGCACUGGAGAAUGAGAAGCAGCUGGGGCAACGCACACUCUGUCUACCCGUGUGUCGCAUCAGCGAAUCAGUGCAGCAGUUGAUGGAGCUCACACUGGCCACCCUGUCUGAGACUGUGGGCAGCUCCAGCCAGUGUGCCAUCCAGCUCUUCUACACUGUGAGAAACAUUUUUCAGCUUUUCUACGAUGUUGUGCCUACAUAUCACAAGGAGAACCUUCUAAAGUUUCCGCACUUGGCUGCUAUCCACCACAACAACUGCAUGUUUAUUGCCCACCACCUGCUCACACUGGGUCACCAGUUUAGGCCCCACCUGCCCCAGCCACUCAGCGAUGGCGCUGCAACCUUCGUUGACCUCGUGCCUAGCUUCCGGAGACUAGGCACAGAGUGCUUUCUAGCACAGAUGAAUGCUCAGAAGGCAGAGAUGCUGGAAAGGUUGUCCACUGCUAGGAAUUUUGCUAACCUUGAUGAUGAUGAGAACUACUCUGCAGCCAGUAAGGCUGUCAGACAGGUCAUCCACCAGUUGAAGAGGCUAGGCAAAGUUUGGCAAGAUGUCUUACCUGUCAACAUUUAUUGCAAAGCAAUGGGAUCACUGUUAAAUACUGCCAUCUCUGAGAUAAUCACCAAAAUCUUGAUGCUGGAGGACAUCUCAACUGAGGAUGGAGACCACUUGCAUACACUCUGCCAAACCAUCAUUGAUGAGGGACCCUUAGUAUUCCUUCCCCUACCUGAUGAGAACAAGAACAGGAAGUACCAGGAGGAGGUACCCAUCUAUGUGAAGAAGUGGAUGAGCUUCAAGGAGCUGGCCAUAGUGCUUCAGGCUAAUCUUCAGGAGAUAGUUGACAGGUGGGCUGAUGGGAAGGGGCCGCUGGCGCUAGAGUUUACCAGCAAUGAGGUGAAGAAUCUCAUCCGGGCCUUGUUUCAGAACACCGAGAGGAGGGCAGUGGCUCUGACAAAAAUCAAAUAACUCUCCCAGCACCUACUUUUGAGAAAAGUUAUUCAUGUAGAGCCCAGCAGAGAAAACCAAAUAUUUAAUUUGUUCCAACUAAAUUUUGUGUUGCCUUUCAAUAAACCUGUUCACACUGUACAUUUUAUACAUAUGGUUUCUGAGCUUGGAGCAGAGUUUAAGACAAAUGCAUUUAGGUUUCCUAAAGGGCCUUCAGCAACAUUACAGAACAGCUCUACCAGCACUUGAGAUUCCAUAACCCCUUUAGUGAGGUACUCAGACUGGGCAUUUGAAGCUCAUGGCUGUAUUGAAAUGUCAUUUACAAUUCUGCCCUUUUCUUCCUCGUGUAGGAAAUAAGUACACAAACAACCUGGAACAAAAAGAAUCCUUUAAUCUCCCUGACAACUCCAGUGUGCGUGUUGAACUUAAAAUACUGGCAAUUUUGGCCAAACAGAUCAGAUUUGAAUUAUCACAUGAACAUUGCAUUCAGAGGAUGAAGUUGCUGAGAUUUCACUUUCCUUCCACCUACUGCCAUGAAGAUGCCUGCAUGUGGUGUAGCGAUAUAUACAUACACCAUACAGCUUAAUAUAAGCUGUACUAUUUCAGCCAGAGUGUGCAUUCUGAAAAUGUCCAUGCUGUAGGCUUUGGCCUGCACAAUCCAAACCUGCACCGUUUGGCCAUAUUGUACACAUAUAUACAAAUAGAUGGUAUGCCAAAUUUCCCCAAAGCCUCUGACAGAAUGGAAACAGAUGUUCUACAUCAGCCUCUGUAUCGCCAAACUAGUGCAAGUGGAAAAAAGACCCCGUCAUACAUUUUUCACUACUGGUCUAACAAGUGUUGUUGCAUAAAGGGCUACUACAUUUGGUUUUCCCCAUACUUUUUUACAUUGCAAAAAAAGUAAUUCAGAAACAACCUUUCUAGCUUGUAAAAAAAAA